CUUAGCCCGGAUCGCAUCCCCUCCUCUACCUUCUCCUCCUACUCCUCUCUUGCAGGCAUCAACCCGACCCUACAAAUCUCGCCCGUUAUCGCUCCGUUGUACGAGAAGGGGAAAAUCUAUCCCCACCUCCUCGAUACCCGUCGCCGGACUCCUUGCUUGACUAACGAGAGUGGAUUAAAAUAUAAAACCAUUGCUAUUUCCCCAGUAACGGGCCUUCCGAAAGACCAUUGCUUAGGGUCGCUCCUCCGCCCUCCGAUCCCUCCUGUUUAUUCGUUCAUCUCAUUGCCAUUUUCAAAAAAACUACUCUGAGAGCGCCAUGUCUGUGGAAGCAAACGUUCCAGAACACCUAUUGGUGGUGCUCCGGGGCCAUGGUAGGCUUCCCCCGGUUGAGGCUUGAUCUGCGUGAUUUCGGUUGCUGAUGGCCUGCUGGUGUAGACGUUGAUCAGAAGAUUGCCGAGUUUUCGAGCGUCAAGGCGCAGGUGAAGCACUUUUUUGUUCAGGUUUGUUCACUAGCCUCUUGCUGGAUUCCGUGACGGUUGUAGCUGAUGGGUGUUGAUCAGGUCGAAGCGAUUAGUCUGCUGUUUGAGGCUUGUCGCAUCGGAAUUUCCUCCCCCAAUAACACACUUUCUCUGCACGCCUUGUCGUGCCUGGGCCACUUGAUUAAACGAGUAACUCUUCAAGACCAGACACGUAUAAAGUCACAGGUGCAUCAUAUUCUACCGCUCCUCAUUGAAAAGCUUGGCGACCAGAAGGACCGAAACCGGUCGAUAGCACUGACCGCAUUGCUUGAUCUCUGGAGAACCACACCAAACGAGGUUGAGCGUGGUAUCAAGGAGAUGGGAUUUAGCAGUAGGAAUCCUAAGGCCAGGCAGGAGAGUUUGAAUUGGCUUCUGCAGGUGCACAGCGCUGGGCAGGGAUUUUCCUUUCGAAGUUUUACACCUUUUAUGAUUAAGGCACUGGAAGAUGCUAGCGAGCCUGUGAGGGAAGCUUCAAAGGAGGUUGUCGUGGAGCUAUUCAAGUGAGUUUUCGGUGCACUCGUGAUGUAAGGGGGCUAGCUGUGUUUGGAAACUUAUACCUUUAUUAGGAAUGCCCCGGAUCACGCGAAAUCAGAUCUUAAGCGGGAAUUGAAGAAACGCGAAGUAAGGAAAGGAAUCGCUACGUAUAUCGUCAACCAGCUUGGGCUGCCCGGAGCCGGUGACGUCAUGGGAAGUUCUGUAAAGUCCUUGGAUGGCCACGAAGAUGAUGGCGUAAGCCGUCAGGGUCAUAGUAUGACGGGCAGCAUUAACGGGAGUAUGGCUUCAUCCACAUACGUUGCCAGCCUUGCUGGAAGCGAGCUUGAUACAAUGGAGCCCGCAUAUGUGAACACGAACCGUGAGCUUGAAGAGAUCCUUCAUAGCAUGGUGGAGUCUUUUGACGGGAGAGAGUCCGAAGGGAACUGGGCUGCUCGGGAUCGAAACGUUACAAAGCUCCGACAGCUGGUAAGGGGUAAUGCUUAUAGGGAUUAUCAGACUACCUUUCUGGCCGGGAUCAAGUCGUUACUCGAUGGGAUCCUGAAGGUGGUCAAUUCUUUACGGACAACGGUGGCAACAAACGGGUGUCAGCUAGUCAAGGAUCUCGCAAAGAUCAUUGGUCCUGGAUUGGACCCCAUGGUUGAGUUAUUGCUCUCUAGCUUCAUUAAGCUGUGCGCAGGAACGAAGAAGAUUACAUCACAGCUCGGGCAAGUUACUACGGCGGUACUGAUCGCGAACGUUUCCUACCACUCGAAGAUCUUACACCACAUGUGGGCGGCGUGUAAUGACAAGAAUGUGCAGCCCAGGAGCUAUGCUUCCGGAUGGCUGAAGGCAUUAUUGGAAGCUCACGUUGAUCAGAAAGCGUACAUUGAGCAUUCUGGGGGAACUGACUUGAUUGAGAAGUGCUUGAAGAAGGGCAUGUCCGAUGCCAAUCCGGGUGUUAGGGAGGGAAUGAGACUGACUUAUUGGCUAUUUGCUUCUAUAUGGCCUGAGCGUGCUGAAGUGUAAGUGUAACUGCGUUGUUGUGGUGAUUUGUUUGUUGGGGGCGUGCUGAUGAUCGUGGGUAGGAUGAUGGAGGGUCUUGAUAACAACACCAAGAAACUAUUGGCGAAGGACAACCCGAAUGCUCCCGCGACCGCGCAGCUUAAGGGUGUCAACAGCUUGAGGGCACCAUUGGGUAGAAGCGCUACCGCUGGCGUGCCUGGGAGACCUUCUGUGAAGGAAGCAAUACUCGCGUCCAAGAGGAGUCGGGGUAACCUACGGGCCCAGCCUGAACGCGCCGAGACUUUGGCAGCUUUGCCUAUGGUUGCCGCCUCGCCUGCUCCAACCACCUCCGGCCUUGCAUCCGCCCCCGUCCGACCCCGCAGAGACCCAGCGAAGGGUGGAAAUAGGAUAGACAAGCAAACCCAUGACGCUGCUGCUUUCGCCCGUGCGGUCAGCCCUACAGGGACAUACCCGUCCACUCGAACGUCUCCUCUGGGCGCUCGUGGUAAUGGUGUGCGGUCACCUACUAUGAAUUCGCCUCCGAGAAUUCAUGAACGCCUUGCACGUGGCAUGACGCCAGCUCGCCAACAGAGCCCAGCCGCUGCCCGGAAACUUACCGUUUUGGAGCAAUUGAAUCACGUAGACUGGAAAGUGAGGGUCGAAGGUGUGAUCAUUGUUGCCUGUAUCCUGGCUAAACGAACACCCCCGAACUAUGAUGGUCAGAAGAUGCCGACACUCCCGCCAAGUGAUGUGUUUGCUCCAACUCUGGCGAAGCUUCUCAACGAUCCCCAGCCGGAGGUAGUCGAGCAUGUUGUGGCACCGGAAGUUUUGGCGGAAUUGAUCAAGGUGGUGCCGAUGGAUCAGAUUGUUCCCAAGGUGUUGCUCCUUAGUGAGGGCGAUGAUGCCGAACAUUCGCAACCCAUCACCUCGUACAGCAUUCCUGCUUUAAAGCAAUUGAUGACAGAACCGGAAGCUACAGAGUUGCUAUUCAGAAUUCUAACCAGUAUGGGUGUCUCUGGCGUUGUCCCUAGGAAGUUGGCGCUUGGGUCGUUCACCACUACUCAGAAGCGCAAGAUCAUUCAUGGAUGUUUGAUUUGGAUGAAUGAAGUCGUGGAAUCCCAUCUCAAUGGGUCACCCAAUGAAUUUUUGGGCGAUGUCUCUAAUUUCAAGCUUUAUGUCAACCGGUUGAUUGCGAUGCUUAACAAUACAAGGGCACCGAACUACAAUCCCCUAACUGGACUCCUAAAGAACCUUCAACGGUUGGACACGGAGGCCUUUGAUAAGAUCUUGAAUACCUUUGAAUCGCAGACAGUGCGUGAUCUGAAGAGGGCUUGGGGUGUGAGUGUGGAGGAGGAUGGAGAUUUGGCAGUUGUUGAGGAGAAGGUCGCGGAUGUGGAGCAGGUGCUGGGCAGUGUUCCUCGAAUUGGGAUGAGAAGCCCACCUCGGAACUUUUCUCCCACUUUGAAGAAGGGAAAUUAUUUCCCAGAGAGUCCUCAGAACCUUAAGGAUGAGGAUAUCACCAUGAUAAGCCUUCCUCCACUUCCUCCUGCGCCUAGACCUGUCACACCUACACGAGCAAAUAUUCAGGACAGCGUCACUGAUCUACCACCCCUACCCUCUACACCGGAAAGCAACUCAAAGUCUCUCGCAAGCCAGAAUGGAACCGGCCGACGAUCUUCUCGCGCAGAUGAUAAGAAUCCGAUAAUUAAAGUCUACCAAGACCCGGUGAUUGAGUCGAAUGGAGCUGUUGCUAUGAGCACUGGAGUUGAUAAGGGGCCGGCCGCCGGAACUGGUGAAUGGUACCGAUCUAAGAUGAAGAAGCAGAUUAGCAAUUCCAAUCUACCAAAGACUCCCGAACACUCUUCGCGGCUCUUACUCACGCUUAUUACCAGACUUCAAAAUCGUGAAAUUGACACGCAGGCCUUCAGAAAGUUGAUCGGUAUUGCGAGGGAAAACCCCGUGAGGGCUGUACUGCAGGAGAACAAUAGCGAGACGUUCCACGACAUCUGGGAGGGAGGAAAGGUGUUUGAUGAGUUGCUUCAAGCCUUACUGGAGUACCUCGGGGAUGAUUCGAUCGAUGCCGAGAGGGCCGCGGACCUCCGUGUACAAGGGCUACUAGUGCUUAAGCAAUUGCUGUCGAAGACUGCCCCCUAUUUCUCGCGACACGAGGCGCUGGUUUUGCGCACUCUUAUCGAUCUGAGGGGUAAAUAUCCAACUCAGUCUCAUGUUACUACCGGGAUCGAGGAGAUUGUCGAGGAGUUUAUGGCGAUCGUGGAUCCCACAACUGGAAUCGAAGCAAUCUUGAACAUCUCGCUUCCUCAGGAAAAGCCCGGAUUCCGACAGGCGACUCAGAGCUGGUGCAUGAGUUUGACUUGCCUUGCCGCACUUGUCAGAGGAUCUAAGAUCGCUUCGUUGGAGCCUCAGUUUGCGAGGCUGGGCCAAUUGGCUGUUAAGGUUUGUUAUAAUCUCACCCGGGUUGGUGGGUUCGUUGCUGACACAUCUAUGCGACAGUCUCUUGACGAUGAAGACGCGGAAGUGAGAAGGGCCUGUGUAUCAAUGUGUAUUGAGAUGCACAGCAAGCUUAGAAACGAUGAGAGGUUAUUUGACCAAAUCCUCAAGGGUAUGAAGUCCGGCCACCAAAACCUCCUCACAUACUACUUUGCGAAGAGGGAAGGCGAGGUAAGACAAUGA